AUGAAGUUCAUCUUCGCUACCCUUGCCCUUGUGGCCACUGCCCUUGCCACCUCCAACGGUGGAGGUGAAGACAAGACUUGCAAAAACGACGAGACUGUCGUUUGCAAGGGCCAGGGCAAUGCCGGCCUCCUGAGCCUGGGCAACAUUGCUCCCGGUGCUCUCGGUGACAACUGCUCCGGCGGCGAUGUCUACUGCUGCUCCUCGAAUGACGUUAACAACGGCCUUGUCAAUCUCGACGUCAAGGCUCAGUGCAGUCUCAACCACGUCCUCUAA